AUGUUCCUGGUAAUUCUGGAUAUAUAUUACUCCGUUCCUGGUAAUUCGUGCGAAAAGUAUUUAACCUACCUUCCACAUGAUGGAUUCAAUAACCAAAGAAUUGCAUUAGAAAAUUCUAUAUUCUUGGCAUGGUUUUUAAACAGAACUCUAAUAAUUCCACCUCUCGUUUUUUUCGAAGGAGUUAAACCACAUAUAAGUCGGUCAUUUAAUGAAAGAUCCAAAUUUUUAUCACAAUUUAUACAUCCUAACAAAAAUCAAUUUAAACACUGUAAAAGCAUAUCAAGAUGUAAUAACACUUUAUGUUUUCAAGAAGGUCAAAAGAAUUGCAUUAUAGUAACUUAUACUACAUAUAAUUGGGAAGAGUUAAUAGAUUUUGCAUUUUUGAAAGAACAUAUUAAAUAUAUUCAUCGUCAAGAUUUUGAUUUUAACUAUUUACUGAAAUCACUUCAUAUUAAUAAUAGUUCAGACGUGUAUAAUGUGACUAAAGACAAAAAUCAAUUUCAACAACGAUACUACGAUGAUCCUACAUCAACAAUCGAACUCCGUAAAUUCAAAGAACGAGUGAAUUUAAUCGACUUAGGCAAAAGACCCAAAAAACUAAUACAUUUUGGAAGUUUAUUUUCAUCAAAUAGAAUUGUUCGACAAUUAUCUGAAAGUAUUGAAUUUUGGAAUAAGUUAAUGAGGAACAUGAUACCAAAUAAUCCAAUUAUAAAUAAUAUUGUAGAUAAAAUCAUUGAUAAGAUUGGAGGAAUGAAUAGUUUCAUUGGUGUACAUGCUAGAUUAAAAGAUGGAUUCUUUGCCAAGAGACAAAAUAAUACAGUACAAGGACUCAUAAAAAAAAUUCAAACAGAUUUUAAAGAUGGCGUUUGUUUAACAACAAAAAUAUACCUGGCAGUAGAUGUAAAACGAGAUCACAAGUCCCUUCGACCUCUAUUUCAAACAUUCUCAUGUAUUUACGUACUAGAUGACUUUAAUGAUCUUUUAGAACCUUUAAAACUUUUAAAAAAUCCCCAAAAUGGUAUGAUUAUGUAUAAAUUUCUAAUACCGUUAGUAGAUUUAGUAGUAGUAUCAAAAGGCAAUAAGUUUUAUGGAAGUAAAUCGAGCACCUUUUCAGGAUAUGCUAGACGAUUAAAUGAAAUAUGGAUUAGAUAA